UGAGUUGCGGCUUGGUGGCAGUAUAAACCUCCGCGAAUUCGGCAACUGUUGCUGACUGGGUCUAACAUAAAUUCGUCGAGCACUGGCUCCUCGAGAAAGAUGAGGGUCAUUCUCAUACGGCAUCUCGUCAACACACCAGUAACUUAAUAAAAUAUAAAUGCUCGAUAUCACAGAUAUUCAAGAAGUGGAUCGAAAUCAAAAUUGAUAACAGCCGUCGUCAUCUGACGAUGAUUUGAGGAUGGCGACGGCGUCGGACCCGUCGAAUCCUAUGGACAUGACGCCUUCUCUGCGGGAGUUAAUCAGCCCUUCCGAGAGUACAACCAACAAGACUAAUGUGACAUCGUCAUGGCCCGAAAUGCCGGUUGCGCUAUCAAUAGGUUGUUUUCUUGGUUUGAUCAUAUGCGCGGCUGUAUUCGGUAAUUUAUUGGUAAUUGUGUCAGUCAUGAGACACAGAAAAUUACGUAUUAUUACAAAUUACUUUGUUGUAUCACUGGCGUUCGCUGACAUGUUAGUUGCAAUGUUCGCAAUGACAUUUAAUCUGAGUGUUCAAGUGACUGGACGCUGGCUGUUUGGGUUGUUCAUGUGCGAUGUAUGGAACUCACUAGACGUUUAUUUCAGUACAAGUUCCAUACUACAUCUCAUGUGUAUAUCCGUUGAUCGUUACGUGGCAAUUGUUAAGCCAUUGAAAUACAUGACAUACAUCACUAAGCGAGUAGUCGCUUAUAUGCUGAUGGCUUGCUGGCUUGCACCUGCAGUCAUAUCUUUCUUACCAAUUUUUAACGGUUGGUACACAACAAUAGACAACAAUAAACAUCGUCAAGAUCACCCCGACAUUUGUGAAUUCAAAGUUAAUGAACCUUACGCCAUACUGUCAUCAAGUAUUUCAUUUUGGAUACCAUGUACAAUUAUGACAUUAACUUACUUCGCAAUAUUUAAAGAGGCUAAUGAACAGGAGAAACAGAUGCAUAAUAGGAUGGGCAAUGCUAUGCUGUUAAGUCAUAGGCCAAGUAGAGAUUUAAAUAAUUUCAACGGAGAAUUGAACAGCGGCGGUUCAUCUAAAACUUUGACAUUGAAUGAAAUUAAUACUGAUCAUCUUCAUACACCAACAAAGGACAAAAAUCUCAUCAAAAUGAAAAGAGAGCACAAAGCAGCCAGAACUCUCGGUAUUAUAAUGGGUACAUUUAUCCUAUGCUGGCUACCAUUUUUUCUCUGGUAUGUCACAACAAGCUUGUGUGGACAACACUGUAAUUGUCCAGAUAUCGUUGUACACAUUGUAUUUUGGAUUGGCUACACAAAUUCUGCCCUAAAUCCUCUCAUCUAUGCUUACUUCAAUCGUGAUUUCCGGGAGGCCUUCAAGAAUACACUACAGUGUGCAUUCUGUUCACUCUGCAGAAGGGAACCGUUUGAUCUUGAGGCACUGGAUAUACGUCGGCCAUCCCUAAGGUACGACGAUCGAACGAAGAGCAUGUACUCGGAGACUUACAUCAAACACAACGAUCGGCGAGGAUCUAGCGAAUACGGCAGCAGUCUUUGAGAUGGAACAAAAUUUAGAUUUUAAGAUAAUUGAAAUGAAGAGAUAUUAUUUGGAGAGGAAAUGUAGAGCGAAUCCCUAUUUGUUCUGUUUACUUUUCUAAUUGAAAUAAAAAAAUGCAUAAUGAGAAUGCAUUCAUUAUCGCCAUAGUCCAGGUGUCAAAGAUAAUCAUGGAGAAAAACAAUCCCAAGUAGGAUUUU